AUUUACAAUUACAUCAAUCGUCUUUCUGAAACAACUGUGUCGAAUAAAAAUCUUGCUCUGAUCUCGUUUUUUGCGAAGACAGUCUCACUAUUAAAGGAUAUAUCUGUUAAAUGGGAUAAAUUUGAACAGUUUCAACCAUGGGUCUUAGUCAACUUUUCACCUCGUUUUUCUCAUAUUUCAGAGACAAAACUUGGUUCCUAAUGCGGAGAGGAGAUGACCAGCGGUACCGGGUUGGUGCACCCGGGGACCUCGGGGAGGAAGCACUACAGGAGGCUUUACUUGCUCUUGUAGCAGCUAACAACCUUUCUGAAGCUGAGACUGCAAUAAAAGAGACCUAUGGCUGCUGUUUCACUAAUAUGAUGGAUCUCAUCCUAUACUUACAAAGUAGCAGAACAGAGCAAUUAACAAGUAAAGAUGGGCUAGCUGGAGCUCUUCAUAAUGUUCCUAAGACGGGUAUUACUGGGAUCUGUGUGGAGCAGAAACAUGGGGAUAUUCUACACAUCUUGGCUGAAGACGAUCCCAUAUGUGGUCUCCUGCAGGGUACAACUCUACCUCUCUCUCAGAACAAAAGAGUUGUUUGUAGUACAGUCACAGAGGAGGAAGGAAAUGCUGUGGUUUGUUUAGCUGUGGUAAGUCCAUUACAUAUGUUACUUGUUCAUUUUCUUGUCUUGCUUUUGCCUCCCUAACAAGAGUAAGUAGAUAAAGACCAUUUUCCAGUUGAAAAAGUAGUUACCUUAACUAGGAUGAGGUGGACCGAUGCUUGGUUAACCUUUUUUUGCGUAGAGGGUUGUCCCCAUUUAAAAGGGUCGGCCGAAUUCACCUCACACUCACGGCAAUCGCUCUUACCAUCCUCCCUCAACUGUGCAUGAUUUAUUGCAUUUGUCCAUCCUCGCCCAUCUUACCUUCUCUUCUCUACUCGCUUCUUCCCUGUCAUCAUUUGCUUCUUGAACUGCCCGACUCUG